ACGUAAACCUUCUGUACAGCUUCAUACUGUCACCCAUCUUCAUUAACUUCAUGGACUACUAUCCUUAAAGCGGCUUUAUUUUAUCAUACUAGUGGUAUUUGAAACGGUUGGCCAUGUUAUUUUAUUCAUUUCCGAUGAUUGUAUGUAGGCUUUUAUUGUAUUGCUUGAGUAACUGGAGCCAUUUUCUUGAUGAAUAAUAAGUUUCUACUGGUUGAAAAUGCCUCUGCUGGGCACCAGUCGAAUGUCUAAGACGUCGAUGUCCAUAACCCUAAUGAUUACAACUGUUGAACGCUUUUAAUCUCCAUAAUUGAGAUACCUCACGCGUUCUAUGUCAUCGGUAAUGUGAUACUAUUCUCUAGAUCUAUAUAAUCUGUAAAAUAAAAAUUUUACUAUUUUUUGUGUGAUUUGAGACUUCAGACACGUUGUUUUUAUACCUUAUGAAUUAGAAAUAAACAAUUGAAUCAAUUCUAUAUGACAUCGAUGUAAGAUGAAUUUUAUUUUUCACAUUAAAUUUUUAAUAUUCGUCUAAUGCAGAACCGUGUUUGAAAUUUCCAUCUUUAAUUUUUAUGUGAAUUGCAUGAAAUGAUCAUAUUUUUCAUGAUGUUUUAAAAAAGUCUCUGGUUGCAGACUUUUUGCAAGAGUAUGGUAUUUAUGCCUUUUUUCAAUUUUGAUGACGUAGUAAUAAAUAAAAAUAAAUUUUUUACAUAAAUUAAGCUAUAAAAAAGUAUGAUUUUAAAGAAAUGAAGUGAAUGUUACAUUCCAACUUUACAACAAUUUCAGCUAAAGGAUACUUUCUGUGCUUUCCCGAGCAAAAACAUGCCAACGGUUCCCACUGGUGCCAUUGCUCGGCGUGAAAGUUUCUCGAUCUAAUCGGAAGAAUAUUUGACUAAUAAUCGUGUAAUGACAAAACACGUGCGACCAACGACGAACUGCAACUGUUUGUUCCACAUCCGUACGGGGAAUGCCCGCAAUCGAAAGGGAAAAUCUUUAUGGUACGCUUCACUAACCCAAUGAGGCCGAUCCGUUUCUUUUGGCUGGUGGCCAAAGUGGAUUUGUUCGAAUUUGUGUCGCAAUGGUGUCCCGACGCCACUUGCAGUUAGAGCGCGUCAAACAGUACCUUUCUUUGGCGAGUUGCUUUUUGUUUUGGUUUUCGUGCCCUAACCCAAAGCAAACGGGAGGAUUUUAAGUACAUGGAGAGUUGUGGGGAGCUUUUCACUUCAUACCGACAAAUCUAAUUGAACCGCGAAAAUCUCGAUCAUUACCUCUUUAUUACCAUCCACAGAAAGUUUCCACUCCACUCGCUUCCGCCACGUUCGACUGAUGACUGACUGAUUUCCAUCGGUUCUUCAUUGGUGUGCAAGGCCAAGAUCAGACUAACAAACUGCCGGGGACGAAACAGGUGUCUCCGAGGGCUUCGCGAUCGCACAGCAAACCUAAUCAUGCGUUAAACAAACCUCGGCGAAAAUGCGACCAUGGGUUUAGCGAGGGAACCCGAUCUAGGGCCAACGUGGUGCGUUUUGUUCGCUUUUCUUUCCCCGUUACCCCCGGUACAAGACAUCAUUUUUCAUCUCUGCGGUUCUCCCUUUGGAGGGAAAUUUGGGAGAGACACCGGGAUGAUCGAUGGCAAGUGCGCGAUCGUAUAAAAGUACGCUCUGCCAAUGGUUAUUUCGUCAGUGAUCAAGUGUUCGACUUCCGAAACAGGUGUCAAUUGUGUGGAACAAGUAGUGUCUGCCAGCGGCGUAUUCUAGCAUUGCCCAAAAUGCGUUCUUUCGAAGUUAUCCUCAGUUCGGCGUUCGUGGUGAUUCUGGCGAGUUUGUUGAGUACAACGCAGGCAGCUAUUGCGGGCAAUGGUGGCGGUUCGGUGUUUUCCUCGUCUAAGAAAAUGUGUGAUCAACGUUACAGCGUGAACUGCUUAAAGUUGGAGCUAGUGUCCUUUCUGGAGCGGGUCACCAACCAAAAGGAGUACAAUCUAAUGGCAGGUGUCAGUGUAGUUCGCGAUCCGGGUGCGAACAUUACUCGCACGGCAGACAUUAUUGCUGAGGUUACGCGCAUUUUUCCAACAAACCCGGAACGACGGUUGGACGAGUUCUUGCUGACCAAGCUGAAUGAUUAUCUGCAGACACACUCUUUGCGGCUGAAGUUUGUCGAUGGGGACGCGUUCGAGAAGGCACGUGAGGUAUUUGCUGGACGCAAGGGAAAGCUGGGCAAAAAAGGAGGACUUGAAACACUCAUCGCCGGUGCCAUGAUGAUGAAGGGAACACUGGCGGCGGUCGGACUGGGAGCGUUAGCAUUGAUCGCAGGCAAGGCACUGAUGACGGGUCUGUUGGCAUUGAUGCUGGCGGCAAUUGUUGGCCUGAAGUCACUGGCUAGCGGAGGCGGUGGUGGUCACAAAUCGACAACGUACGAAAUCGUAGCAAAACCGAUGUAUUCUCAUUCGCACUCGGAGCAUGAUGAGGUGGGACACGGCCACACAGGAUACGGUGGAUAUGGACGAUCGUACGAUCUUCCCUAUUCGGGACAAAAGCCAAAAUGAGCUUUUCCGGAGUGGAUAUCAUUACUUAUAAACACUAAGAGGCGUACGUAAUUUCUGAGGAUAGCUUUACUUUGACACUGUUUCCUAUAGGCUGUUUUGGGGUCUUUUCAAGAAGUUAUUUAUUUUAAACGCUAGUGAACUGUCAUUUCUCUCCUGCCAAAACAUAUUCUAUAAUUAUUUAUUUAUUGUAGUAAAUGUAACGAAACUGUGCAUACUUGAAGCCAGACAAUUUUAUCUCAAGAGCAAUUUAAUCGUAAUAGAGGAUAAUAA